AACAACACCGUAGCGAAGACGAAAAGAUGCAGCGAGUGUUUACCCUGUCAGAGAAGGAUGCACCUGGUUUUCCUGUGCAAUUUUCUUGGCAAAAAACAUUAGGAAACUACAUUGCUGUUACAGGAUAUAAUCACACCGUAAAAAUCUUUGAUCGCCAUGGUCAAAUGAAAAAUGAAAUUAAUUUACCGGGCAACUGCAUUGCUAUGGACUGGGAUCAAGAUGGAGAUACCCUAGCAAUAAUUGCUGAUAAGUCCAGUUCCAUUUAUUUGUGGGAUGCCAACACAAACAAAACCAGCUUGAUGGACACUAGCAUGAGGGAACCAAUGUCUUUCUUACGUUGGUCAAAAGCUGAAGCCUUACUUGCUGCUGGAACAGCUAAAGGAAAUGUACUAAUAUAUAAUCGCCAAACGUCUCGCAAGAUUCCUAUCCUUGGUAAGCACACCAAGCGAAUUACGUGUGGUUGUUGGAGCAAUGGGAAAGUUUUAGCAUUAGGUGGUGAAGACAAACUGAUUACAAUUAGCAACCACGAAGGAGAUACUAUAAAAGUGACAGCAGUGAGAGGAGAGCCCAGUGAUAUGGAGUUUAUAGUGAUGAAGACUGAUGACAGAACAGGAGCAAAUGAGACCACAGUAUGCAUCGUGGUUGGUCAAAAAACACUGUAUUUUUAUAAUCUCAAAGAUCCAGAUAACCCAAUUGAGCUGGCAUUUCAGCAUCGCUACGGACAUAUCGUGACUUAUAAAUUGUAUGGUGAUAACUACAUCAUGAUUGGUUUCUCACUUGGCUAUUUUGUGGUGAUUUCUACACACGUUCGAGAGAUCGGUCACGAGAUCUUUCAGGCUUCUGAUCAUAAAGAUAAUCUGACCAGCAUUGCAAUAUCCGAAUCACUAAAUAAAGCAGCAUCAUGUGGAGAUAAUUGCAUCAAGAUUCAUGACCUGUCAGAUCUAAACGAAAUGUAUGCAAUACUAAACUUGGAGGAUGAAAAUAAAGGUCUAGAUCAGCUGUCAUGGACAGAUGAUGGACAAUUGCUGGCAGUGUCUACAAAAAGAGGAUUUAUCCAUGUCUUCUUGACAAAACUUCCCAUUCUUGGAGACUCAUACAGCACACGGAUUGCAUACCUCACCUCACUUCUUGAAGUUACUGUAGCCAACCACAUUGAAAGCCAGGAGCUACCAAUUACAGUUUCUGUGGAAGUUGAGCCCAGUUUUGUUGCAGUAGGUCAUUAUCAUCUGGCUGUUGGCAUGAAUAAUCGGGCAUGGUUUUAUAUUCUCGGAGAGAGAAGUGUAAAAAAGCUCAAGGAUAUGGAAUACCUGGGAACAGUUGCCAGUAUGUGCCUUAAUUCUGAUUAUGCUGCUGCACUUUCUGAGGGUAAAGUUCAGUUGCAUAUGAUAGAAAGUGAACGCUCAGACACUCAGGAAGAACGGGAGACUAGACUCUUCCCAGAUACAGAUGAUAAAAGUAAAAUCUUGUGCCAUUCUUUAACUAGUGAGUUCCUCAUCUAUGGUACUGAUACUGGUGUUAUUCAGUAUUUUUACAUAGAAGACUGGCAGUAUGUGAAUGAAUAUCGGCAUUCUGUUGGUGUGAGAAAAAUCUUCCCAGAUCCCAAUGGAUCCAGACUAGUUUUCAUUGAUGACAAAAGUGAUGGCUUUGUUUACUGUCCCGUAACUGAUAUUGCCUUUGAGAUUCCAAAUUUCCAGCCAACCAUCAAGGGCAUUCUAUGGGAAAACUGGCCCAUGGACAAAGGUGUAUUUGUUGCCUACGAUGAUGACAAGAUUUAUACGUAUGUCUUUCAUAAAGAUACUAUACAAGGAUCCAAGGUGAUUUUGGCAGGAGGCACCAAAGUUCCUUAUUCUCACAAACCAUUGCUAUUGUAUAAUGGAGAAUUAACCUGUCAGACUCAAAGUGGAAAAACCAAUAAUAUCUCCCUUAGUACUCAUAGUUUUCUUGGCGACCUGAAAGACCUGGGAUGUAAUGAGCUGAAACAAAUGCUUACACAGACCUUAAUAUUGAAAAGAUUUUCUGAGUCAUGGGAGAUAUGCAAACUUCUGAACAGUCCAUCAGGUUGGAACGAACUAGCCAGAGCUUGCUUACAUCAUAUGGAGUUGGAAUUUGCAAUACGGGUUUACAGGACAAUCAGAAAUGUGGGAAUGGUCAUGUCAUUAGAGCAAAUAAAGGGUAUAGAAGACCACAACCUUUUAGCAGGACAUCUUGCUAUGUUUAGUAAUAACUUUAAUUUGGCUCAGGAUUUAUAUCUGGCAUCUUCUUUCCCUGCAGCUGCUCUCGAGAUGAGAAGAGAUUUGCAACACUGGGAUAGCGCACUUCAGCUAGCUAAACGUUUGGCACCCGAUCACAUACCCUUCAUAUCAAAGGAGUAUGCUGUGCAGCUGGAAUUCACGGGUGAUUAUGUGAACGCUUUGGCACAUUAUGAAAAAGGAAUUAUAGGCAACAGUAAGUUCCAAGAGCAUGAUGAGGCCUGCCUAGCUGGGGUGGCUCAAAUGUCCAUUCGCAUGGGUGACAUUCGGCGAGGUAUUAACCAAGCCAUCAAACAUCCUAGCAGGAUGUUGAAAAGAGACUGUGGAGCUAUUCUGGAGAGCAUGAAGCAAUUUUCAGAAGCUGCCCAACUCUAUGAAAAAGGACAAUAUUAUGACAAAGCAGCAUCAGUAUAUAUUCGCUGCAAAAACUGGGCAAAAGUUGGUGAGCUUCUCCCCAAUGUGUCCUCUCCAAAGAUACAUCUUCAGUAUGCCAAAGCAAAGGAAGCAGAUGGCAGAUAUAAAGAAGCUGUCUUAGCCUACGAAAAUGCCAAGCAGUGGGACAAUGUUAUCCGGCUAUAUUUGGACCAUCUUAACAAUCCAGAAAAGGCUGUUAGCAUUGUCAGGGAAACACAGUCUCUUGAUGGAGCCAAGAUGGUAGCCAGAUUCUUUCUUCAAUUGGGUGAUUAUGGAUCUGCCAUCCAGUUUUUGGUAAUGUCCAAAUGUAACAAUGAAGCUUUCUCUCUGGCCCAGCAACACAAUAAGAUGGAGAUCUAUGCUGACAUAAUUAGUUCUGAGGACACCACAAAUGAAGAUUACCAAAGCAUUGCCUUAUAUUUUGAAGGGGAGAAAAAACAUUUUCAAGCAGGCAAAUUCUUCCUUCUCUGCGGCCAAUAUGCACGAGCAUUAAAACACUUUCUGAAAAGUCCAAAUUCAGAUGAUAAUAUGGCUAUAGAAAUGGCAAUAGAGACGGUGGGACAGGCAAAAGAUGAAGCUCUGACCAAUCAGCUUAUAAAUUACCUAAUGGGAGAGAGUGAUGGCAUACCAAAGGAAGCCAAGUAUCUGUUUCGGUUGUACAUGGCCCUAAAGCAAUACCGAGAAGCUGCCCGCACAGCCAUAAUCAUUGCCAGAGAAGAACAAUGUGCAGGGAACUAUCGAAAUGCCCAUGAUGUUCUCUUCAGUAUGUAUUCAGAACUGAAAACCCAGAAAAUUAAAAUACCUUCUGAGAUGGCUACAAACCUUAUGAUUCUACACAGCUACAUUUUAGUAAAGAUUCAUGUUAAAUGUGGUGACCAUAUAAAGGGAGCCCGUAUGCUUAUUCGUGUCGCCAACAAUAUCAGCAAGUUUCCAUCUCACAUUGUGCCCAUCUUGACUUCAACUGUGAUUGAAUGUCAUAGAGCAGGACUAAAAAAAUCAGCAUUUGGUUUUGCUGCAAUGUUGAUGAGGCCAGAGUACCGGAAUAAAAUUGAUCUGAAAUACAAAAAGAAGAUUGAAGCAAUGGUCAGACGGCCUGACACAUCAGAAGGUGAAGAACCCACCACCCCAUGUCCAUACUGUGAAUUCAUGCUGCCCGAAUGUGAGCUGCUCUGUCUUGGCUGUAAAAACAACCUCCCAUAUUGCAUUGCAACAGGGCGACAUAUGGUAAAAGAUGACUGGACUGUGUGCCCCCAUUGUGACUUCCCAGCCUUGUAUUCAGAAUUCAGAAAUUUGUUACAGAAUGAAAAUACAUGUCCCAUGUGUUCAGAAAAGGUUGAAAUUAUCAGCCUUAAGAAAACAGUUGUCUGUACACCAUACCUCAAGCCUGAAGUGGAACAAUGAUAUUAAUCAAGAGUUAUCAGCCAGUCAGAUGCUACAACAGUAGAGGAAACUUCAAAGUUCAAGCUCAGUUGGUACUAUGCUUAAAAAUAUUUCAUAGUUCUCAAAUCUGUUAAAUGCAAAACUGUAAAUAUUUAUCUUUUAUAGAAAUUUUGUACUAUGGCUUUUUCUGUUUUCAAUAAAAUUUAACCACUGAAA